UGUUCUUCUGUGUUCUCUGAUCUGCGGCAACGGAGCUAAAGGCACAUUUGUAAAAUGUUGUAAAGUUCAGCUGGCAUUAGUGAUGGCGACCAGUGCAUCAAUCUCUCCGUAUCCCCAUCAUCCUCCAGAGAUUAGACUUGUUCUGCUGGGGUCUGUAGAUGAAGGGAAGAGGUCAGCAGGAAACACCAUCCUGGGAAGAGAUGUUUUUGGCUCUCAGAAAACUGCUGAAUGUGUAAUACAACAAGGAUGGAUGGGACAGAGACAGGUCACUGUUAUUAACACACCAGGCUGGGGUAGAGAGCAGCGACUUUCUCAAACCCCUCAGAAUGUUAGAGAGCAGCUUUUGCGGAGUGUCUUUCCUCCAGGAGUCCAUGCUCUGAUCUUGGUCAUACGUGCAGACAGGAAGUUCACAGAGGCCAACAGGGUAGCACUGCAGGAUCAUAUGGAGCUUCUUGGUGAUAGGGUGUGGGAUCACACCAUUGUGCUGUUCACCUGUGGGGACUGGCUGGGUGAUACCCCCAUUGAGAAUUUUAUUCAUAGUGAAGGCAGGCCUCUCCAGUGGGUUGUGGAGAAAAGUAGCUAUAAGUAUUAUUGCAUCGAUAAUAAGAACAGGGCAGAUAUAUCCCAGGUCUCAAGGCUGCUUGAGUUGAUAGAGAUGAUGGUGGCAGGAAACAAAGGCCAUUUUGAGCUUGAAAAGCAAAUAUAUGUGAAAGUGUUUGAGGGUAUGUUAGCUCAGGUCAAUGCAGUACAAGAGAUGAAACGGAAGGCUGAGGAAAUGAGGCAGAGAUGGGUCGCUCAACCACCAAGAUGUGACAGCAGAUCGGAACCACCUCUAAUGAGUGGAGAACCAACUGACAAAAAUUUCAAGUCGGAACCUACAUGCAUGACCAGUAUAGAACACCACAAAGAGGCAACAUGAAGGGGACACUGUACAGAGACAGAUUGUGAUAGACUCAGACUAUUCAGGACGUUUAAAUAUAGAGACAACAUACAGAGAUCUGCUUCUCAUUCAUAUUCUUACAAGGAUAUCAAGGACAACACAAGCUAAACAGUUUAUUUCCGUUGUGGUCCUCAACGAGGUGGAAGGGACAAAAAAUGACAUAAUGAAAGACACAGCUCAGAAAUAACUUAUUUUAUUCUGCAACAGAGACGUGUCUUCAUCAGCUCAAGACAGACUGCCUGAAGUUCAGGUUCACCAAAUGUCCCCAUGCAUUUUUACAGAGUUGUUUAUUAGACAGCUGUAUGAUCAGAUAUAAAUAUAUUGUAUCUGUAUUAGCCUCCCAUACCCAACAAAUAUAUUUGAAAUAUAUGUUCACAAUAUUUUUUGAAAUAUAUGUAAAUAUUUGAAUUUGUACAAUAAUGUUUGUGUUCUGAGUGUUCCUGAUUGAUAAUUGUUUUGAAUGAUUUGAUUGUAUUGUGAUUUAAUUUUUAUUCGUUUUUUAACUGGUUCUGAGCAAUGUGCACCGCACACAUUUUUUGCCAAUGUGUCAAGCAGCCAGUGAUUAUACCAUCAUUGUAUAAGAGGUGAUUAUAGGACUAUUUAUUUAUUCAUUUAUUGACACAACACAAGGCCCAACCAGGCAUACAUGUGUUGCGUAAGAGGUAUUUUUAACAUCUAAAGUAUAUGA